AUGAAGCAUAAAUUUGGAUGGACACUUGGAUUUUUGUUUCUACUUGUGCACAUUCCAAAUUUUACUUAUACUUUUGAUUGUUAUUAUUGUGAAAAUUGUUUAAAUACUCAACGUGGUGUUCGUAUUACAGCUCGUCCAGAAGAUUGGUGUUAUAAAAUUGUAUGGCGAUCAGGUCGAGGAAAUCAACAAAUGGUAUCACGUGGUGCAUCAUCUGAUUGUCGACAAGAUAGUUAUAAUGAUCCAAGUAUGGCCAUCCCAGGAUUUACUUGUCUUCGUUCAUUGACAUUAAUUGAUAUUGGACCAGACUUUUGGGAAUCAAUUGUUACAAAAUUACAAGGCCUUAAAUAUUUACGCUCAUUUUUAUAUAUUUCAUCGACUAGAAUCGAAUCGUGGGUUUCUAAUAUUUCAGAUGAUGAAGUCACUGAACUUGAUAAGCGUUUGUCUAAUAGUUACUGUCCAAUACUUUCUCAAUUGAAUCGACUGGCAUUGUCUCAUGGAGAUUUUUUGGGAUCAGUUCAGUUUCCUUGUCUUCAUCACUUAACACUGGGACGAUGUAACAUUGACAUUAUAAAACAUAUUCUUCAUGCUGCACCGCAACUUAAAUCACUGAACACUAACUUUCGAUAUAAUAAAUCGACUACGGAAUUUAUUUUUCCAUUUGGCAAACUGAAUCGACUCACGCUAAAAAUUGAAGGCUCAUCUGUCUCAAUGAAAAACAUGGAACAACUAUUAGGAAAUCUUCCUAGUCUUAAGUAUUUAGAAUUACAUGCAAACGGUCACGAUGAUCUUGUUGAUGGUCAACGAUGGCAAAUGAUAACAAGCCGUCUUAUAAUGUUCAACUUCUAUUUUUCCAUACCAAAAGAUUUAGAAUCACAAGAUCUUGAUUCAUUUCGUAGCUCAUUCUGGCUUAAUGAGAAACAUUGGUUUGUAGCUUCCAUAAAUAGAUCUUUAUUUUCUGUACCUAGCUUUGCUGAAACUUGUGCCAAUGAAGAAUUUCAACCAAUUACUGUUUCGACAUUGUCUGACAACACAAUUUUCUAUGAUUGCAUUACUCAACUAACUGUUUCAGAACCUGUUGUUGACAUAAAUCAACGUUUUCUUCGAGUUCGCACAUUAGCUAUGUUUCAUUUCAUUCCUUUAUCAUCUAUCGAGCAGAUUGUUGAUCUAAAUCGAAUACAAAAUUUGAUUUUAUGUUCAUCAACAAAUUAUUCUGGAAUGGGAUGCCUUUUAAAUGAAAUGCCAAAUCUUUGGCGAAUUUCCAUUAGAAAUAAAAUAACAUAUUUUAUUGAAGAAGUUCAAUGUAAGUCAUAUGACAAGAUUCGAAAACUCGACAUUGGUAAUCGCUAUUCAAUGAGUGAUAAUUAUGAAGUCAAUUACAGUAUUGAACAGUUAUGCAUUGUCUUUCCUAAGAUCGAACAGCUGAAUAUAUGUCAUUGGUGCCCAACAACAGAAGUAUUUUGUUUCAUCAAUCGAUUUCCUCAAUUAUUAACUGUAUCAUUUCAUUUUUCAAAUUGGAUUCUCAGCGAAGAACAAAGAAACAAGAGUAUUAUCGAAGUUAAAUCAACUCUGGAUCAAAGCCGAUGUUCCCAAAAGUUCAAUUAUACAUAUCGAUUCGAUAGAUCAUCAGUAUAUAUCUGGUUAUAA